UAUGGAGGUCAACAGCGACUUUGAGGAACACGCAGCAGAUGUAGGUUCCAAGGAGGAAGAGGAGAGAGGUGGCCUCAUCACCCGUACUCAAUCUCGGGCCAUAGCUCAGGUAGGAUUGCAAAUUGAGCUGCAUGCCAUAUCAACACAAGAUAGACUUGUAGAUCUCCAAGAGACCCGACCCACAAAACGGCUGAAGUUGACCAUCAAGCGCCACGCUAAACCUCAGGCUUCUCAAACGGAGGCGGCCGGCGAUGCACCCAUUGGUGGGGAAGGUAAUGUUCCAACUCUUGUCAUCUUUUCAAUAUUUUCUUCUACCAAGCUUUAGACUUAGCAGAUUUUCUUUUCUAGAGGGUCAUG